AUGGCAAGCCCUUCAAUAAUCUCCCGCUCUUCCUCCUUCCCACGCCUCAACAAAACCUGGCCUUCUCAGUACACUCUCCCGGAAGACCUCCCUCUUGCAAACCUGUCUGCAUGCUCAGCUUCCACGUCGAAAAUCGCGAAGCAAAGCCUCGAGGUUCACAAUAAGACACUAGUUGGGGAAAAUGUGGUCAACCAUCACAAGAGGGUAGGGCAAAUUAGUCUGAACGACUAUCACAAGGAUGAGAUUGAUGAUGAAAGAAGCUCCAAGUAUAGUCCCUAUUACAUCAGGGGACUGACGUAUCCGAGCAUCAUUGUCCCUAAGCAUCCAAUUGCUAAUACUCCCGGGCACGAAAGCAACAACUCUGCUGUUACUUGGACCUCAAUCUCCACCUUCUUUUCAGGAUUCAAAGUGCGAGAGUGGAGCUCUUGCCUUGGUUCUAGAACCAAGGAGUACAAAAAGAAACUUCAGCCUGAAAUGUACACCGCGAUCAAACCCUCCACGCGUUCAACAGUUAAUGCUUCACCGAAGAAUUCAGAGACGUCUUUGGUGGAGGAGAGCAUAGAGAGGAAGGAGGUCAUGAAGAGUAGCAAAGAAUAUAACAAGGAGAAGCCAUUGAGGGAGAGAGUUAGAGCAGCAGCUAGACCAAAAAACGAAAUAAACGUGAUGAAUGAAGCUCAGAAGGAGUAUGCGUGGGCAGACAAAUACCAACCUCUGUGCUUAGAAGAUUUCAUAUGCAAUAAAGACAAAGCAACUCAGCUGCAGGCUUUGGCCAGAGGAGGAGCAUGUGGGCAUUUCAUCUUUGAAGGACCACCGGGCGUGGGGAAGAGAACGAUGAUCUGGGCUAUGCUUCGCGAGGCGUUUGGACGUGACACAAUACAUGCCAGGGAGGAAUUCAAGGCAUUUAACUUGAAGGGUGAAAUGGUUGGUAGUAUAGAAGUACAUGUAAAGCAAUCCCCUCAACAUGUAGAAGUGAAUCUUUCUGAACUGAAGGGCUAUGAGAAGCAUGUGAUUGUUGAACUCAUGAGGGAAACACAGGACAAGACGACCAACAAAGCUUUGCCCUGCGGCCUCGACAACUGUCGAGCAAUAAUCUUAUAUGAGGCAGACAAGCUAUCUACAGAUGCCCUACUUUAUAUAAAGUGGCUAUUAGAAAGGUAUAAAGGGUGUAAUAAGGUCUUCUUCUGCUGCUCUGAUGUCUCAAAGCUUCAGGCAAUCAAAUCACUUUGCACUGUCGUUGAGCUUUUACCACCUUCAAAGACUGAGACUGUUGCAGUUUUAAAGUUCAUAGCUAAGCAAGAAGGCAUAAAUUUGCCAGAUGAAUUGGCUGAAAGGUUUGCUGAAAAUUCUAAGAACAAUUUCUGUCUAGCCAUUCGUUCAUUCGAGGCUACUUGGAAGAAAUGCUAUCCUUUCAAAGAAAAUCAAGUCAUUUUGACAGGUUGGGAAGAUAAUAUUGCAGAUAUUGCCAAGAAUAUGAUCGAGGAGCAAAGCCCAAAACAGCUAUAUAUAAUCCGUGGAAAGCUUCAAAAUCUUAUAGUGCAUGGCGUAUGCCCCGAAUUCAUUUUCCAAUCCCUGGUAGCAGAGCUGAAGAAGUAUUUGGAUGAUAGUUUGCAGGAUCGAAUUGAGAGCAUGUACGAUGAAUACAACAGGAAUGACGAAAAUAUGUUUGAGAGUGACAAAUAUGAUCAUGAGGAAAUGAGUAAAAGGCUUAACGAUCAUUCCAGAAAGACUAUUAAGCAGUUCUUGAGGAUUGAAGACUAUCGAUCACGUCGAUGUCUGAAUACGUGGUCUAGAAUCGGUCUGUCAACAAAAGAAUGUAGCUGUAUCACAGUUAAUUCUUAUACCUAA